CUCCAACAUUUUUCUGGUGGUGUUGAGGUCAUUGCCAUUGCCAGUGCCAGUGCCGGUGCAACCUAGAACUGUCAAUCCCCCAGGGCCAAAGCCAAAGAAGGGACCACACCACCAAGCACAACCAUGGCUCCCAAAGCCACGCCUAAGGCUGACCCCAAGGCAGCGGCACCAAACGAAGAGAAGAAGGCAUUCGUGCAUCCAUCCGCUAAACAUGCUCGUAAAAAGGCUAUUAAGAACACCUUUGCAAUCGAGCCCAUCUCAGCUUUCUACAUCUUUCUGGGCGCCAACCUCAUAGCGGCCCUCUUCGCUCCGAUCCAGGAUUGUGACGAGACCUUCAACUACUGGGAGCCCACCCACUACCUCAGCCAUGGCUAUGGCUUGCAGACUUGGGAGUACUCCCCCGAUUAUGCCAUCCGCAGCUGGCUGUACAUUGCCAUCCACGCCCUCGGUGCCAACAUCCGUCGCCUGCUGCCGCACUCGACCAAGGUGGCCGAGUUCUACUUCCUCCGCUACCUACUCGCCUUUGCUUGUGCCCUCUCCCAGACGCUCAUGUGGAGGGCCGUCUGCCUGGCACUGAACCCGCGCGUCGGCCUCAUCUUCAUCAUGGCCCUGAUCUUCAGCCCGGGCAACUUCCAUUCCAGCACCGCCUACCUGCCGUCCAGCUUUGCCAUGUACAUGGCCAUGGUGGGCGCUGCGUGCUUCAUGAACUGGCGCGGCGGCCUGAAGACGUCGCAGGGCAUGUUCUGGUUUGCAUUGGGCGGCGUCCUCGGCUGGCCCUUUGCCAUCGCCCUGUGCGCGCCCUUCGUUUUCGAGGAAGUCUUCUUCGCCAUGCUUAGCGAUAAGGAGCGCUUCUUCGAGUCGUGUAUCAGGCUUGUACGCGGUGUUGUAUCGACGCUGGUGUUAGUAGCCGCCGACACCGCCAUCAACGCCUUCUUCUACCGAAAGGUUGAGAUCGUCUCGUGGAACAUCAUCAAGUACAACAUCUUCUCCAACACCGGCGGCCCCGACCUCUACGGUACCGAGCCGUGGACAUUUUACUUCAGAAACCUCCUCCUGAACUUCAACAUCUGGUUCAUCCUCGCCCUCCUCUCCCUCCCGCUCUUCAUGCUGCAGAAGCUCUUCUCCCGACGCAACGCGGGCGAAUCCUUCCAGUCCGGCCUGCGCACCGUCGUCUUCCUGUCGCCCUUCUACACGUGGCUCGCCAUCUUCACGCUGCAGCCGCACAAGGAAGAGCGCUUCAUGUACCCGGCUUACCCCUUCCUCGCCCUCAACGCCGCCCUCGCCCUGCACACGCUCCUGACCCUCUUCGGCAACGCCAACCCGAAGGCUUCCCUCGUCGGGCGCAUCCCGGCCAAGCUCAAGCUCGCCGUGGUGGCACUCGGCCUCGGGGCGUCGGUCGCCACCGGCGCGGCGCGGAUCUGGGGCCUGCACGCGGGCUACCACGCGCCAUUGUCCGUGUACGGCGCCCUGGCGGAGGGCGGGGCCGCGGGUGCCGGGCCGGGCGACACGGUGUGCCUGGGCAAGGACUGGUACCGGUUCCCGACGUCCUUCUUUUUACCGCGCGGCAUGCGCGCCAAGUUUGUGCGCUCCGAGUUCCGCGGCCUGCUCCCCGGCGAGUUCUCCGAGGCCCGCACCGGCUUCGGUUUCUGGAGCGGCACCUGGCUGCCUACCACCGGCUUCAACGCCCACAACGAGGAGGACGUGGGCAAGUAUGUUGACUUGAGGUCUUGUGUGUUUUUGGUGGAUAGCCACUUCCCCGAGCGGAGUGCUGAGGAGGCGCUGCCGCCGAAUGAGCCGGAUUAUUCCAAGGAUGUGGACCGUUGGGAGGAGGUUCAAUGUCUGCCGUUCUUGGAUACUGAGAGGACGCAUUUCCUGGCGAGGGCGCUGUGGGUGCCCGAUUGGGAGGUGGUGCCGGAGCGGUUCAGGAGGAAGUGGGGGAAGCAUUGCCUGCUGAAACAAAAGAAGUAGGAUGUGCGACGAUUAAUGACUGCGGUUUGAACGUGAUGUGGUGGGAAAGGGAUAGAUAGAUGUUUGGUGGGUGUUUUAGUUAGCCGAUAGGAUUAGCGGGAGCCAGCACAAUGAUGUAAAGAAAUGGGAUUGUCUUGAGUUGGUUAUCA